UUUUGUAAGAAACGAAACAGAGCCUUGUUCCAUUUGGUUGAAGUAUCGGGAUCCUUUUAUUUAUUUUUUUGUUUAUUUCUGCUUAGAAGAGAAAUCUUCAGUUCUGUGUGGAUGGUACAUUCGUUAAAAACAAGGGCUUGUGUUCGUUUCAUGCAAUGAAUUAUGGAUCCACCUGCAAUUCCUCAUAUCACCCAAGGUUUUUACCCUCUCCCUAAUAUUAUAGAGACAUAUACACGCCAUGUGUUAAACGAGUUGGUGUCACUGGCGGAAAUUUUACCGUCCAUGUCCAAUGUUGACAAGAAGAGAAGUAUUUUGGAUUGGUUGUUACGGUCUCGGACGUAUACUAUAAGGUUGCUUAUUUUAGCUAGAUGGGUUCAUUUUUCGCCUCUUGUACACCGUUGCAUCGAUGUGGUCGCAUUCUUGCAAGGUCAAAAGUUCUGCUAUCAAAAUUUGGUACAUGUAUUACAGACCAUUCGCUUUCAAAUGUCAUUUGCUCGUCUGCGAAAUGCUGACCUGUUGACGGCAUUGGAUCUCUUGUCUACGGGAACAAAUGUCCGUUUGUUGAACGCCCCUAGCUCUCGUACAUACGUUCUUCCCCGUAAUGAAAUUUCCACGAAACAGGUCUUGCAAGCGCUACGAACUAUAAAUAUGAUUCUUCGGAUUCGUCUUGAUUUGCAUGAAGUGAUUCCCUCUCCAUUCCGAAAAUUCGUGAUUAAUAAUGGACGAUGUACGUUUACCGUCCCUAAUGAAUUUUCCAUUUCCAUGACUACCAAUUCCCAAGACCCUAGCUCCAAUACUUCUUAUUUCCAAUGGUUUGCUGUAGACUUUAAUUUUUUACUCCCAAAUUACUCUUCCACUCCUUCUAAAUUCAAACAACUUGUCGAGCAUCAUGUGAACGAACAAAUUGCUUUACGUCUGGCUGAGCAAAAACCCAUUCUCCCACUCGUUUAUAACAUUGUCCACAAGUUUUGUAUUUUCCAACGUCUAAAUCUCCUUUCUCAGGAAGCCUUUCAACUUUCAAGGCAAAGUUGGCUUGGCCAUUUACGCACUAUUUACGAGGAAAGUGUCCCACAGAUUCGCUUGUACUAUUGGCCUCAAUUGACUAUGAGAAAAGAUGGAAAAGUAAUUCCUUCAAAUCAUUAUAUUUGUCUUUGUGCCGAAACAGAGGAUACCCCGGCUUUAGAACACAUCCUAAGUACUCGAAAGUCUAAUUGUGAAUAUGAGCAUAUAUCUCUUAAAGCCAAAUGGUAUCAUAACGAUGAAUUAGAAACAAUCUCUUUGGACGCUUCCACCAGCACUCAGGUAUUGUUGCUAAAGGUUACUGAGAUGCACGCUCGAUUAAUAUUGGGACAAAUUCAAAAAGAGCUGCAUCCAAAAAUCUUCAGUGAGUUGACUGAUAAUGAACUGAAAAUUCGCUUAUUUGAUCGUGACAUUAUUGUGAAGGUUAACAGCGUAUCAGGAAGACUUGUUUUACUCAGCUCUAAUUCUCCUUUAUCACCACCUCGUUAUUUACGUGCUGCUGAAAAGAACAUAGCUUUGAGUUCACAGUCUGCUUCUCAAAUUCUUAAUCGGCUCUACUUUUUUUGUAUUCAGACCGAACUCACCGAAGUAGCUUCCUGUGCAGACUUGAGUUCCGUACAGGGCUAUAUUUCUUUUCCAGAACUUGCUUUUACAAAGAAAAUUUGGCGAAGAAAAGAUGAUUUGCUUUGGAUUCUAUCAUUCAAUGUUGAAACUAUGGAUUGGUCUGUUAAACUGGUUAACUUUACUGGACAAAUCAUGUUUUCCCAAGGAAUUUCCACUACUGAGGGAAGUUUAACCAUAGAAAGCUUUCAUCGGUUAGCAUACCUAUUGGAAAUUCAAAGUUUGCUUUACGAUGCCCAAAGUGCAUGCUAUGAACGUCGUAUUUCUUUUGAAUACCUACCUACACCUUCAAAAGCUUUAAUCGAAAAUAACUACACUCCUUUCGUGCGAACAGGAAGCCUGAGCAUACACAUGCCCACAAACAUUGCGGACCUUUGUCCUUUAGUUUUCAUUCGAGCACACGAUGGUUUCAUAAUAUUUGAAGGCAGAAUUAUGCAUCGCCCUCCUUUCAAAAUGGAGGUAGAAACUUUUGGAACAUGUACAAUUAAUUGGAAAAAGGGCCGAUUCACGGUGCGUGGAAAAACAUUUAAUGAUUUUGAACAAAUCUGGAAGAGGAUCUGUAAGGUUGUGUCUUUAUCAAAAACAAAUUGUUUUGAGGUCAAUUUGUUGACAUUGAGAUUUGUUGAUUUUACCUAUUUGAAGCAACAUAAGUUUAGAGUGACUAUCAUUGAUGACGGGGCUUUCUCUAUUUACUUUUUUGACCCAGAAAGUCCUUUUCAAUUAAUUGCGCAUUAUUUAAAAAAUAUAUUUACAGACAAUGCACACGACAUGCAACCUCUAAAAAUUAUCAUGGAAAGAACUAAAGGCAUCUUAGAAGCACAACAAAUGGGGUAUACUGUUUUGGCUCGUUCGCUACGAGAAUAUCGAAUCCUUUUCUCUGCAAGGCAAGGUAUUCAAGUUUCUCUGAAUCGUUUUGGAUGCGUUCUGCAAGAUGUAUACUCUUUAAUGUCCUCGGCAGUAAAAUCCGAAUCUUCGCAAAGCUUAGCACAACAAUGGGAACCGUGUCAAUGGUUAAACUCGGUUUGGGAAGGCGACUUGGGUGAUGACGAAUUGAACGGUCAAGUUGAGGCCUCACCGGAGUUGCAUUUAUUGAAGACGAUGAAGACUGCAGAUUUGAGUGCCAUUAUCAAAAAAAUAUUAUCUAUUCCACGGAAAUACUAGUUUGCUGAAUUAUUUCUAAAAUGAAGUCAAUCCAAGAAAACUAGUUUGUUAUUAUAUAUUUGAAUUCAAUGAUUAGAGAAAAAAAUGUAUAUAGACGGUGUUAAUGACAAUUACAGUUGACGAAUCCUACCG